GCCGCAUUGUCGGCACUGGCGACGUCGUCCAUCCGCCGGCGUGUAAUCGGGCGUGUGAGACUCAACAAUGUGAUCGUUUUGUGGCAAAGGAGAGAAUUUGCGUCAAUUGCAAUCGCGCUGGCAUGAGUAACGAGAGUAUCUGAAACCGCGAGACUCGCCUGUUUUCUCUUUCUCUCUCUCGCUCCUUCUCUCCUCUCGAGAAUUAAGUAGGUACGCGGUCGCGACUGCGAGGCGAAGGCGCGAGGAUAAAGGGAGCGGAGCGUGCAGAGUACGCGCGCGCGCGCGCGAGAGAGAGAGAGAGAGAGAGGAUGAACCUCAGCCUGACGAAGUUGUUCUCGAAGAAGAGGAGCGGCGGUCCCUCGGUCGACACCGUGGCGGCGGAGAUCGGUCUGCCGACCAACGUCUCGCAUCCGUUCCACGUGAGCAAGAAUGCCGAGACCGGGCAGCUGGAGGGCCUGCCGGACUCGUGGAUACGCCUGCUCAACACCCAGAUCACCAAGUCGGAGCAGGACGAGCAUCCCGACGCCGCGCUGCACGCCAUCAAGUUCUACAACUACUCGAUCAAGCGCAGGCCGCAGGACCAGGAGGUCUUCAAGCCGUUCGUCACGCAGGACCUGAUCGAGGAGGAGUCGCAGGAGAUCGACAACAUCCUGACGAAGAAGUACCAGUCGUAUACCGGCUCCGACGACGACCGCCUGACCUCCGAGAGCUCGACGGACGAGCCGACGUUGCCCGCGCUACCGCCGAAAGCGAACAAGCCGCCGAAACCGCCGAAACCACCGAAACCGCCGAAACCGGCGCCACGACAGAGGAGCAAGUGCAACGACAGGGCGGAGAAGACCCUCACCGAAAUCCUAGAGGAUCUGAACACGUAUCGGAUCAGCGACGGUGAGGACGAUCCGUUACGGGAAGAGGAGGAGGAGGAGCGGAAUGUUUUGCCGGAUAGAAUAGAGGAGAGUCCGAUCCUGCGAAGGAAGACCGAGUGCACGGAUGUGAGACUCAGUGACGAGCAGGUGUACGAGGAGCUCAGGGCCAUCUGCCAACGUGGGGAUCCGAACCUGCGCUUCGAGAGGACUAAAGAGGUGGGCGCCGGUGCCUCCGGUACUGUGUUCAUAGCAACUGACCUUCAGCAUGGUCAGAAGGUAGCCAUAAAGGACAUAGAUUUGUCGAAGCAGCCGAAGAAGGAGCUGAUAUUGACCGAGAUCAAGAUCCUCAAGCAGUUCCAACAUCCGAAUCUGGUCAAUUUCCUCGACGCCUACCUCGUGGACGAGCAUCUCUGGGUGGUGAUGGAGCUGCUGGAGGGCGGGCCGCUCACGGACGUGGUCACCGAGACCGUGAUGAAGGAGAUUCAGAUCGCGGCGGUCUGCAGGGAGGUCCUCAAGGCGAUAAGCUUCCUGCACACCAGGGGCAUCAUUCACCGCGACAUCAAGUCGGACAAUGUGCUGCUGGGGAUGAACGGCACGGUGAAGGUCACGGACUUUGGUUUCUGCGCGAACAUCGACGGCGACGAGAAACGGCAGACCAUGGUCGGCACCCCGUACUGGAUGGCGCCGGAGGUCGUGACGAGGAAGCAGUACGGCAAGAAGGUGGACAUCUGGUCGCUCGGUAUAAUGGCCAUCGAAAUGAUCGAGGGCGAGCCGCCCUACAUGAAAGAGACACCGCUGAGAGCGUUAUAUCUGAUCGCUGCCAUUGGUAGACCCUCCAUCCCGCGAUGGGAGAGCCUCAGCCCGACGUUCCAGAAUUUCUUGGAGAGAUGCCUCGCCGUGGAGGUCGACGAGAGAGCGACCGCCGACGAGUUGCUCUCUCAUCCGUUCCUAGAAAACUGCGCGGAAUUGUCUACACUCACUCCGCUGAUCCGUGUUGCGCAGAGAAUUCUCCAAAAGGCAUUUCACUAAACAUUUCUAAAGAAUUUCGUACUGUAAACAUUCACGAUACUUCAUUGCUGCUUGUCGUUCAUUACGCCGGGGCGUGUCCGGAUUCCCACCCGAGUGCUCCUCGAGUAUCAUUUUAUUCUCGUUUAACGUUCGGUGAAGAACAAAGAAAAAAAAAUGAUACCUAGAUGACACUUGCGUGGAAAUCCGGACGCGCCCCUGAAGAAUGAGAAGAUAUUUUUCGUAACUGAAAAAGCCUUAAAAGAAUUUCGUAAUUAUAUUACAUUUUAAUAUCUUAAAUUUAUUUGACUGCCUUGUCUGAUUUCGUUUUUAUAUCACUAUGCUGGUUUAUACAUGUACGAAAUCAAAGCACAGUGAUAAUGCUUGAUAGUCAUUUUAAGAUUAUUUUAUUCAAAUAACA